CUGUCGGUGGAAACGUACCUUUGGCAGCAGGUAAGGUCAGAGAGAACAGAGCGGAAAAGGUUCGUUGACGGGGCAAGGAGAAUAUUUACCUGCUGCCUACAAAACAACUCAAGAAUAAAUGGAAAACAGUGAAACGGCACUGGUCGAGAGCCUGAUAAUAUGGGUGAACAAUUUGAAAAAAAUCCUUCAGAUGGUGGUUGACUUUUACAAUGAGGUUUUAGCUCAGGAAAUCUCAGGCUUUCCUUUGCCAGAUGUGUCCUUGGUGGCAGAGCAUGCAGAUCCUGUGGAGCUGGGACGGUUGCUGCAGCUCAUACUGGGCUGCGCUGUUAGAUGUGAGCGCAAACAAGAAUACAUUCAGAUCAUCAUGACAUUGGAGGAGUCUGUUCAGCAUGUGGUCAUGACAGCAAUCCAGGAGCUGAUGAGCAAAGAUACUACGACCCCGUUAGGAGCAGAGCUGUCAGGGAACCUGGAACAGCAGCUCAGAAAAGCGUUUGAGGAUCUUUCUGAACUUCAGUCGGUAAAGGAGGCAUUAGCCCAACGCUGUCAAGAGCUGGACAUGCAGGUGGCUGUUCUUCAAGAGGAGCGGAACAGCUUGUUGGCUGAGAAUGAUGUCCUAACAGACCAAGCCAAUCAGCAGGAUACAUUUGAAGACCCAAGCACAGAUUCAGGCUGGAAACAGAGUCACUUACAACAACAACUUGAGACUCUGCAGGAAGAGAAUUUCAGGCUGGAGGCAGCCAAAGAUGAUUACCGGAUCCACUGUGAGGAGCUGGAGAAGCAGCUGAUUGAGCUUCAGCACCGUAAUGAUGAGCUCACCAGCUUAGCAGAGGAGUCACGGGCUCUCAAAGAUGAGCUGGACGUUCUGAGAAACUGUUCAGACCGGGUGGUUAUGUUGGAAGCCUCUGUGGAGACCUACAAGCAGAAGCUGGAGAACCUGGGUGACCUGAAGAGGCAGAUGAAGCUGCUGGAGGAGAAUAACAUGACCUACAUGCAAAACACUGUCAGUCUGGAGGAGGAGUUGCGUAAAGCAAAUGCUGCCCGUGCCCAGCUUGAAACAUACAAAAAACAGGUCCAGGAGCUACACAGGAAGAUGUCUGAAGAGACGAGGCGAUCAGAUACUCUGGCUUUUGAGAUGAAAAAGUUGGAGGAAAAACACGAAGCUGUGAUCAAAGAAAAAGAGAGGAUCAUCAUUGAGAGAGAUUCUCUCAGAGAAAUUAAUGAGGAGCUUCGAUGUUCUCAGGCUCAGGAGCACCAGCUCUUCCAAGCAGGGAUGCUUACCUCUGGCAGCCCAAGCCAUGACAACCUGGCAGCUGAAAUUUUGCCUGUUGAAUACAGAGAAAAGUUCAUCAGACUGCAGCAUGAGAAUAAGAUGCUGAGGGUGCAGCAGGAAGAAUUGGAGCAGGAGAAGAUCGCGGCCCUGCAGACUCAGCUGGAAGAAGCAGAUAAGACCUGCAGUGAACUGAAAACCGAGAACAGAUUGAGUCGAGAGCAAGUUAGUGAGCUUCAGCAGCAGAUUGAAGAUCUUCAGAAGGCUCUGCAAAUUCAGGCAACCAAACCUGACAAUUCAAAUCUGAAGCGGAAACUAGAUGCUCAUAUGGUCCAGUUAAAUGAGGCUCAGGACGAAAUCAUGAAGAAGAAAGAGAUAUUGCAGGAUCUUCAGCCUGACAACACUCAGGCCUGUCAUACGAGCCUUGGACCCAAAGCUAAAUCCUGCCACUGCUGAGAUUCAAGCUCUGAGGAACCAGUUAGCAGACCGAGACAAACGCAUUCUUAACCUUGAACGUCAGUGUGAUCAGGCCAUGCUAAGAGAGCAUGAGGAGAAACUCAUCGUCACUGCCUGGUAUAAUAAGAGUCUGAACUUUCAGAAACUGGCUAUGGAGUCACGUCUUACAAGUCGCACCCCCUCCAUGCUCUUCUCCAAUCAGUCCUUCUUGUCACAGCAGCGCCAAGUCUCAAACGUCCCGCGUAGAACUGCUUCUGUUAACGUGCCCGCCACUACCUCCAAGUAAACCUUAUCAUACACCAAAUUAUCCAAACAAGGCAAAAAAUACACAACCCACUAACAUGUGAGCAAUUAAGUGACCUUAUCUGCUCUGUUUUUGAUGAGGGGUCAGGUAUAUCUGAGUUUAAUGAACAUGAGCUUAUAGCAUUGUUAGGGUAUACUUCCACUGAAGAUUAUAGUUUAACUCACAACACAAAGCAACACAUGCUGUCCUAGUUGUAGAUUUGUGGUGAAUGGUCACUCUGCUCUUUGAUUUUAGCUUUCCCCCCUGCACUUAGAGCUUAACAAUAACCAGUUUAGCUUGGUCUUUUCCAUGUAUAGAUGCACUUGAUCAGGAAUGGAAGGCUUAACAGUUUUCUUCAAAAUAUGAGCCUGUUAAAUUAACCAUAUUUAUUCGUGUAUAAUACGAUCUCAUGUAUAAUACRAUCUCAUGUACGACCCCCUUUUUUUGAGCUUAAAAAGCAUAAAAAAUUUAAUCCUCAAACUA